CUUGCGAAAUCCUUGGUUACCACAUUCAAAGUGUGAACACACCAGGCUGUGAUGGGCUGUGAUAGGCUGUGAUGAUUCAGAUAUGAUGAAAGAACCUGCCUUCCUGAGUUUGAAUUCACUUUUCCCUCAAUCUUAUACCAUGCCUCGUCAAACCGUCAAGCGGCAGCGAGCCGCAGAUGAAGACAGGUUCUUUGCUGACAUCAUUGUCGAGGUUGCAAGCCAACCACAGGAUGAUGAUGAUUGGUCCGAGGACUCCGACCGUGAUUCGGAAGUUCGAGAUGGUUUCAGUGAACCACUUACCUCGACCGUAGUGGCGGGACACAGCCCCCUCGCCACAAAUAUCAGCGGGGAAAAGUCGCCGUUAAACCUGUACCCGUUGAUUGACAGAGAGAAUGUACAUGGGCUCAACCUGGUAAUACCACAGCUGGCGAAAGCGAUUAUUAAGCCAUGGAGUGAACAUGAGGAUACCACUAUAUAUGCAGAAUCCGACGCAGAUGAUCAUAUGUUCAUAUAUGUAUCCUUCGCACAGAACGUGCGCGUCAAGUCUAUUCUACUCAAGUUAGGCAGAGGUAAUGCUACACCGCGCCAACUCAGGGUGUACGCGAAUUACCCAAACAUCAUCGGCAUCAGCGACGCUGAAAAUACAAAGCCCAAUUUCUGCAUCAGUCUCAUAGAUCCGGGCGAGACUCAUGAAGUGGUUGAGUAUCCUGUGAAAGCUAGAGCAUUUACCAAUGUUCACUCAUUGAGCCUACACUUCCGCGAGUCAGUUGGAAUUUCUCGCAUUUACUAUCUCGGAUUCAAAGGAGAUGUGCAGAUUUCACGGAAAGAGGGAGCAAAUAAGCCAGAUUCAGAGGUACCUUUUGCAAAUGCAGCUGAUGCAUCCAUCACGGAUCGUCUUGCGUAGGAAUAGCAGGGGCACAAACCAGAUGUACUUUUACCUACCACUGGCCAUAUUUCCACGACCUUACAUAUAUCAGGGGUUAAUUUUCCGUUUU